AUGUUGUCGUUAUGGGCUCCCUCGAGUAACAGUCUGCUUGUUCAUGCUUUCUGCCUGCUUGUAAUUUCCCAAGUCCUUGUGCGAUGGUACAAAUAUUACUGCUCUUGGGUCAAGGUCCCUGUAGUGGGAGCCAGAGGGUUGAUAGCAUCACGAAAGGAAGGACUUGCCUGGCUUUACAACGGCCCUAAGAUUCUUCAGGAAGGCUAUGAGAAGCACGGGGAUUUUGCGUUCCAAUUUCGGACUCCUCAUCGAUGGGAGGUCUGCCUCUGCGACAACGCGAUGAUUAAAGAGUACCAGGAUUUAAAUGAUGAUUACAUGUCGCUCAAUGCAUUCAAUGAGGGUAUCUUCGAAACAAAGUAUACAGUUCCGGGUUUCGCGGAUUCCCUUCACCAUAUUCCAGUUCCAGUCCUAUCCAAGGCAUUAGUCUGGUCUCGAGCUAGGAGUACCGCCAACAACUCCUACUUUGAAGAACUUGUGUCCGAGUUGGACUUUGCCCUGGCCUUCGAAAUGCGCACGACGACAGGAGGCAAGAUACAUUUUGAGCUGAACUGUCUCACCAUCGGACUGCGUCUCAUGCUUCGGCUCAUCUCAAAGGUGCUUGUUGGCGAUCCAUUGUGCAGAGACCCAGCGGCCAUAGACUUGUUUACGAGGUAUGGAUCGGCUGUGCCCGUCAGCGGUGGAAAAAUUGCGUGGUUGCCCGAGAUACUGAAGCCGUAUGCCAUGGUUUUUGGUCCAUAUUUUGCUGCGUCUCGCAUGCAAGUCCAGUUGACCGGCCUUAUAACGGACCAAAUCCAACGGACAGAUAAAAAAGCAGACCAACCCCGCACUAUUGGGGAGUGGAUGUGGAUGUGGGUGCAACAGGAUGCCCCAGGGGAGUACAACGAGGUACACGUCGCACAGCUGCUCAUUGCAGCGAUUUUUGGCUCUGUUCACUCUGCAGGAAUGGUGCUUGCGACAUGCCUUUACGAACUCACAAUUCGCCCGGAAUAUAUCAAGCCGCUGCGGGAGGAAGUGGAAGGGGUAUUGCGAGAGCAUGACCAGAUGGGGAAAGAAGCAAUCGAAUCUAUGACCAUGUUGGAUAGCUUCAUUAAAGAGUGUCAGCGGUACCGGCCACUCACUCCAGCCUCGUUGCAUCGCGUGGCCAUACGGGAUUACACCUUUAAGAAUGGCCUUACUAUACCAAAGGGAACAUAUGUACUGACUCCAAACACGCCUGUUCUACGGGAUUCGAGAUACUAUGAUAACCCGCACGAGUUCCAGGGAUUUCGGUUCCAUGAGCUGGGCAAGGCCACCGGACGUCCGGACUCGUAUAAGAUUGCUGGACAAAGCCCUAAGUCUCGACAAUUCGGUGACGGAAGACACUCCUGUCCUGGGAAGCAAUUGGCCGCCGACAUGCUUCGAUUGAUUAUGGCCCAUUUCCUCCUCAAUUUUGAUAUCGAGUCCACUAAACCCGAUCCCGCAUGUGAUUAUCCCAGCUUCGAUUCACGUUGGAUGUCUGUGAAGGGCCGUGAUGUGAAGUAG